AUGAGUGGUUUUCUGAGUCAACCAGGAGAUAUUAUUAUUGGGGGAACCUUUGUCAUUCACGUGAACAGGAAUUAUAUCCAACCCCUAUUCACCACCAAUCCCACCGACCUGCAGUGUCACACAUUCGGAAGUGAAUCUUACCAAGGUAUGCAUGCCCUGAUGUUCGCUGUGCAGGAGAUCAACAAAAACCCUGAGCUUCUCCCCAAUAUAACUUUGGGUUUCCAGAUAUUUGACACCUGCACGGCCAUGAGACGCACAGCACAAGGAAUGUUCUGGAUGUUAUCAGGGAGACAGGAGCUCACCCCAAAUUAUCACUGCAACAGAGAGUCACAUCUAGCUGGUAUUAUUGGAGAUUCCGCCUCCACCCGGGCUAUUUUGAUGGCUCAGAUCUUAGGACUUCAGCAUUACCCACAAAUUCCUCUUUCCAGAUGCAGUGAAAGCUGUCCAGUAGGGUUUACAAAGUUGACAUUACCAGGAAAACCAAUCUGCUGUUUCCAAUGUGUUCGGUGUCCUCAAGGACAAAUAUCAAACCAAACAGAUGCUGUAAUGUGUGAGCAAUGUUUAUGGGAUACAUGGUCCAGUUUUCAACAAGACAAAUGCAUCCCAAAGGCAAUAGACUUUCUCUCCUAUGAAGAACUCUUGGGUUUAAGUUUAGCAGCAAUUUCUAUUUCUUCCUCAGUUGUUCCACUUUGUAUUGUGAGCAUUUUUAUGUGUCAUAAAACCACACCAGUUGUCCGAGCCAACAAUUAUUCCCUUAGUUGCCUUCUCCUGCUCUCCUUGUUCCUCUGUUUCCUUUGCUCUUUAGGGUUCAUUGGUUACCCACAAUCUGAAAUGUGUCUUCUGCGCCAGGUGGCAUUUGGGAUGGUUUUCUCUCUGUGUAUCUCUAGUGUUCUGGCUAAAACCAUUACUGUUGUUAUAGCUUUCACUGCAAUUCAGCCUGGCAGUAGGUUAAAAAGGUGGACAAGUGUGAAGGUGUCCUACUGUGUUGUUGUGUUUUGCAUGUGUAUUCAGUUAUCUGUGUGCAUAGUGUGGCUUUCCUUCUCCCCUCCAUUUCCAGAGUAUGAUAUCAUAACCCAACCUGGAGUCAUCAUAAUUAACUGCAAUGAAGGGUCACCCAUUGCUUUCUGGUGCAUGCUGGGAUUUCUCGGCAUAUUGGCUUCUAUCAGUUUCAUUGUUGCUUUCCUGGCUAGGAGACUCCCUGACAGCUUCAAUGAAGCCAAAUUCAUUACAUUUAGCAUGCUGGCCUUUCUCACUGUCUGGAUAUCCUUUAUCCCAGCAUACUUCAGCGCACGGGGAAAAUACACUGUAGCCAUGGAGAUCUUUGCCAUCUUGUCUUCUACCUGGGCUAUGGUGGCCUGUAUUUUUAUGCCAAAGUGUUACAUUAUAUUGUUAACACCUGAUAUGAACUCCAGAGAACUUCUCAUGAGAAGAGGCAGAGCCCAGUGA